AUUCCUGGAAAAGAUUUUCAACAGGGAGGUCAAAAUUGAAUGUAAGAGUGAGUGAGAGAGAUUGUGUGAGAGAAUAUCCCCCGUAGAUCUCUCUCUCUUCUUUCUCUCUCUAAACUUACAUCGUCGGCAGCCAUGGGUGUCUGGGAAGCUUUACUCAAUUGGCUUCGAAGCCUCUUUUUCAAGCAGGAAAUGGAGUUGUCCUUGAUAGGACUUCAGAAUGCAGGAAAAACUUCUCUUGUAAACGUUGUGGCGACUGGAGGAUAUAGUGAAGAUAUGAUCCCCACUGUUGGUUUCAAUAUGAAGAAGGUCACCAAAGGGAAUGUUACAAUAAAGUUGUGGGAUAUUGGAGGUCAACCAAGAUUUCGCAGUAUGUGGGAGAGAUAUUGCCGUGCUGUCUCCGCUAUAGUUUACGUUGUUGAUGCUGCUGACCAUGAUAACAUAAGCAUCUCUAGAAGUGAACUUCAUGAUCUUCUCAGCAAACCCUCACUCAGUGGUAUCCCUCUGCUGGUGCUCGGAAACAAAACAGACAAGGCUGGAGCUAUCUUGAAAGAAGAUUUUAUGGAACAAAUGGAGCUGAAGUCAAUUACAGACAGAGAGGUAUGCUGUUUUAUGAUCUCCUGCAAGAACUCUUCAAACAUCGAUGCAGUUAUUGACUGGCUUGUGAAGCACUCAAAGUCAAAGAGCUAAAAAUAGAAGGGCUAAUCCUCCACAUUCUUGUGUUUAAUGUUAUAAUGAAAUCUUGUUCAUUAGUAAAAAAAUCAUUUAACUUUCCGCAUGGCUGUGUUGAUAAUCCCUUAUAAAUAGCUUUUACAGUGGUGUAUAUUAGGUUUUUUGUUUAUAGAACAAUGAGAGUACUUUUGGUGUGUUUUCCCUCUGUCUGUCUUUUUAUCUGUCGGUUUGCUGCAGAGUUUACAACUUGAGGAACAGGAUCGUGAUAUCAGAAUUGUAGUAGAACAGUAUGUUUGUGCUUUUA